AUGAAUACAUCAUUCGUACUAGUUAAACCCAGUGCAUGCAGGGAUACGUUUAUUGAGAAGGCACGAGAUCAUUUUGACUCCCAUGGGAUUCGCGUGGACGACAUGCAGCUACUGACAGGCCAGGAGGUUAGCCGGGGCGCGUAUGUGGAGCGACAUUACAGCGCAACUGCGGCGCGUGUCAUGUCCUCCUCUCUAGAAAUGGGGACAUUCGCUUCAGAGGAGUCUGCCAUGCUUUUUUUCUCUGCGUUUGGUGAAUCUUGGACCGUCGCGAUGGAGGAACGGCGUGUGCUGACCCCCGAGGAUGCUAUGGUAGCCCUCAAUACAACUAUGGAAGGAUUAAACGCCCGUUGGUGGUCAUCCAAAUUGCGGGUUCGGCUUGAGUACGGGUUCUAUGUAUCAUAUUUCAAAGAGGAAGGGCUAUAUGUAAUUAAUGGCUUUUACCCGCUGCUAUUUAAUUCCUUCACCGCUCCCACUAGUAAGAUUUGUUUCUUCGUCCUUUCAUGGCCCGAGGCGCGGUACUCGUGGAAACGGUUUUGUUUAGAGGUGAUCGGCGCGGCGGACCCCAGCGAAGCCGACUCAACGUCCCUCCGCCGAUUGAUGUACGAGAACUGGGAGGAAUACGGGCUCAGUGAACAACCAAGCAUUGCGGACAACGGCCUGAUAUAUGCCAAUGGGCCCAUUGAGGCACUUGCGCUCCGCUCUGUGUGGAUGCAUCGUGGUAUCAACGAAGAUGACUUUGGGCGGCAGCUGCUGCAAGAGGGUGUUGGGCGAGGUUUUGUUGAGGGACUGAUGAAAAAUCCCCCCAUCAGCUACAAGGGCGCGUGUCGCUCUGUAUUUGAGAUUACAGAAGACAUGCAGAGUAGUGAGGCUACCUGUCUAGUGGCCGCUGUUUAUGCUGAUGAGAGACAAAAGUGCCUAAGUGAACGGAAGAAUCAAGCUGAUACUCCGAUUUCACCUUCACGCAUAGCUGAUUGGACUAUUGUACUAAACGAUGAAGAUCCAGACGAGGUACGCAACAGGGCCCUGCUGUUUGUGAAACCCCACGCCAACACCCCCGAAACCCGAGCGCUGGUGGAGGAACGACUCACACAGGUUAAGGGCGUACAAAUCUUGUCUCAACACCAUAUCUCUGGAAGCGAAAUAGCGUCGAGGCACGUGAUGGAGCAGCAUUACGGAACCAUUGCGAAGUACGCCGCUGUUUUAACACCCGAUUUGAUCGAGUUGAGCCCCAAAACAAUGCAAGAAUUCCAGGAGCGGUUUGGCAUGUCCUGGAAGGAGUUGGUUCGGAGUGGACGGGUGUGGAAUGCUGAUUCUGCCUUGCGCAUCCUUGGGGAUAUAUCCUCCACCGAGUUGUACGAGAUGUGGUGCUCAUGCACUGAUGUGUUGAAGGUUGCCCCUGGAGCGUACGUUGCGCGCCUCUCUGAGGAGAAUGCUUUUGUGAUUAACGGCUUCUUUCCAUACAUUCGGGACAGCUAUGAGCGGAAGGAUGCGAAGGUAACGUGCUACGUGGUUUCAUGGCUCGAAGAACAUCUGACUUGGAGGAGCUUCCGUGAGGAGCUGGUUGGGUGUACGAACCCCGCCAAAGCACCGCCAACCAGUUUGCGCGGGUUGAUACAAAACCGCUGGCGCGAACUGGGGCUGCAGGGCAUUCCCACAACAACAAACAACGGGGUCCACGCCUCGGCGGGUCCGCUGGAGGCAGUGCUGGAGCGCUACCUGUGGAUCGGAUCACCACUCACACACGAUCCACUCACACUACGGCUGCAAGAGCGUGGGUUGACAGGUGCGCUGCUGUACGGCUGGCGGUCGAAUCCGGCGGUUGUAAUGGCCGAUGGGGUGCGAUCCGGUCAUGUUUUUGACCUUCUAGAGAACUUACAAACUUCUGAAGUCGUGGACCUUAUGUGCGAGGCAGAGCAGCAUGUUCUUGCAGAGUACAACGAACGAUCGGUCAACCGAGCAGUGGUAGUACUGAGGCCCUUUGCCGUCAACGAGUGGACUAUAGAAACUGUGAGGAAUUGUUUUGCUGCCGCUGAUGUAGCGGUGGUGCGGGAGCUAACAUUAUUGAGCAGAAGCGUCGAGAAACGGUACCUCGGCAGCAAUGAAUUCCUUAAGCUGGCGCACUGGGCUGACUUCAAAAAAGAUGAUAUGUGCGGAAACGUCAGUUCAUCGAUCAAAAAGCAGUUUCAUGCACAAUUCGGAUAUACGUGGGAGGGUUGUGUUAUCAGUGGACAGUUGAUGGGCGCAACCUCUGCUUGCGAGGUACUGGGUUUAACACCAACGGAGCUCCUUCAUCUGUGGGAGUCAGUACAACCGGUGCAGCUUCACUCAAACUGCUGGGUGGUUCACCUAACCGACCACGAAAUAUACGUGCUAAAUGGUUUUGUUCCCUUUGUUCGGGAGACCCAUGGAAAACCUGGGAGCGUGACUCACGUCUUUGAUGUGGAGUGGAAGGAGGAUGUUUGGACUUGGCACGACCUCUCUGAGCGCUUGGUUGGUUUCAGUGACGACUGUAUUCCCUACAAAGCAACGGAGGGAAGCUUGCAGCGCACGUUUGCGGAUGAGUGGAAGGGUUUCGGGUUGCCAUUCAAGCCAGCCUCGCGUUGGUCUGCUGCCGUUUCAGUUUCGCAAGGUCCUUUGGAGGGUACCGUUGAUCGAGAAAUUUGGCUGGACGUUCAGUUACCGGAGGACCACUUUGUACAGCGCCUCCUACUGGAAGGUGUGCCGCUUUCAAUGCUUACGACGUACAUAGACGGUGAACGCAACCCGCAAGAUGAGGAUGAUGAAGAGGAGGAGGAAGGGGUAAAGGCGAUCAAGAAUAUUGAUGAUACGUCGUCUCCACCUCCGAAGUCAUGGACAUCAAGGAAGAACUGGAGCGCAACCGGAUGUUUUCUGCCACAAUAUACAAGGUCUGAUCUUUCGUAUCACGUACAGAGUUCUGAAGUGGUUCGUCGCAUGAAGGUUAUUACUUCACGUUUUUUGCGCGGUUUGAAAAUGAAUUACGCAUUUCUGUGGGUCAAACCGCACGCAUGCACAAAGCAUGUGGAAGCGUGGAUCCCAAAAGCACUGUUGCAACACCGUAUUGAGGUAAUUUCUUCGGGUCGCGUACCCAUGGCGGAAGUCUUUGAUAAGGAACUUGCCGACCGCAAGCAGUGCACCCUCUAUCGCAACGCCAUGACACGCGCAGUGCACGAGAUUCCCAUCAGCACAAAACAGAUGGCAGAGUUUGAUGCUACCUUCGGUAUCACGUGGAAUACCGCGAUGAACCUUCAUUUGGUUAUCAAUGCAGCGCAGGCGGUGGAUAGGAUUGGCGUUUUGCAGUUGCUAAAGGAUUGGGAUGAGGCACCACGUAAGGUGUGCUUGGCUCCUUCCCUUUACAUUGCUUACUUAGAGAGGGAGGGGCUUUAUGUUGUCAAUGGGUUCUAUCCUUAUUUGCGUUCGCGAAUGUACGCUGGCUCCCACGUUUCUUGGUACGUUGUGUCAUGGGAUAGCGAGAUAAUGACGUGGGGGGAUUUCCACCGGUACGUGAUCGGUACAGAUGUGCCAGAAAAGGCUGAGGAAUCAUCUCUUCGCCACACACUGUACAAAUCUUGGGUGGAGCUCGGUCUGCAACGGCAGCCAGACGGUAUUGACAACGGUUUUUGCGCCUCUGCCACGCCUGUUGAGGGGCUUGCAGAUCGUGUCUCUUGGCUUGGGGUAAGCUUGGAACAGGAUGUUUUCGGACGGUUACUGGUUAUGGGUGGCGUAGACCCCGGGUAUCUUCGUAAGAUACUUGAGAACCCCCUUGUGCGACACAGAGAGGAGCCAUUGGAGUCCAUGGGCGAUGCGUUCGACAAGUUAUGCACGGAGAACCCACUUCUGAUAGCGCAACUAAUCGGGCUGCAGUCGUCUGGUGGAAUGCACAUCGUUUCACCCCAGGCACCAAGAUUUGUGCCGGUUCCCCCCGAGCUCUCGUCCAGCCACGAGUACAAGGUGAAAAGGGACACUGGAAAAGAGUGUGUUGACGGAUGUAAAGGCGUGCUGCGGGCGGAAGGGAAGCCUCUCUGCCCCGAAGGGGACACCUCGUCAACCCUGAAGGAUGAAGAGGGAAACUUGAAGCGGAACUACGCCUUCAUUGUGGUCAAUCCCGCCUGCACUUCAUCGGAAGCAAGUGAUCGUGUGAUUAACUAUAUCGCCGAUUUUCUGCGCCACUAUAACAUACGGAUCGACGGAAGUGGAAGCAUGGUUGGUGGAAAUCAGGAUCUAAGCAGCGUGGCUCACGCCGUCCAGGACGGCGUAUUCAAAUACGCAGUCAGACAAUCUCCCUACCAGUAUGCACUCGACUCGGAGGCCCUGUCCCUUUUCCUCAGCACUUUUGGAACGAUGUGGGACCCGCGAAAGGUGUUCAACGCUGUGGACGCAGCUGUGGAGUUUGACUACUCGGCGGCAUACCUAAGGGAUAGGUGGCUGAUGUGUGAACCUCUGGCGCGCAUAGCCCCAAACUGUUUCGUCGGUAAGAUGCCCGACCAUGACGUUUAUGUUGUUAACGGGUUUGCCCUUCACACUGUGGAAACGUUUUGCGGUGAGGCCAACAUGAAAUAUUUUUUGACAGUAUCGUGGAAUAGCAGCGACAUGGAUUACGCUCAUUUUAUGGAUUACAUCAUUGGGGAUCCUUACCUUAAGGAAGCCAGACCGGGAAGCUUGCAGCAGGUCCUAUGUGAGGAGUGGAAGGCUGCCGGGCUACGGCGGCCACCGGACUCGUUUGAGGGUGCGGUGAUGGCAUCCGCGAGUCCUCUGGAGGCGAUGCGUUUGAAACAAAUGUGGCUUUCGUUGGGAAUCAAACGUGACGCGGUGUGUCGUUUUGGAAUGGAUGAACUGUCUAUCACACCAUACGUAAUGAGAAGGUGUCUAACAAACCCACGUACCCCCUGUGGCGACGGCCGAUUCCUAUUCGAUAUGGCGCGCAGGAUGAACAGCAAGGAGGCAUUACAACUUCUCCAGUCGGAGAAUUUUGCACAUCUUUCCGAGGCGCCGCGUAACUCUGCUUUUGUGUUGAUGAAGACCGGCUCCCUGUGCCGUGGCUUUGCUUUGACGGUUGAGACGGUCUUUGCGCGCGCGAGGGUGCGGAUUGACGAGGAAGGUGAUGUGAGCGCUGCCACCUUACGUGAGCGCGAUUUUGUUCAGCACCUUUACGCUGUUGAGCUGGAGUACGCGGACUGCGAUGUUUCAACUAUUAAAUUGUCACGGAAGGAAAGGGACAGAGUGCAGCUGAGUUUUGGGGUUAGUUGGUGCAACCUGCUUGAGGGCGGCGUACUGGUAAACGCGUACGAGGCGCUGGUUGCGCUAAGUAACAUUACACCUGUUCAACUCUUCUAUAAGUGUACGGCGGCAUCAAGGCGGUUGAUGGUUCGCCCAGGCCUUGAAAUUUUUGAGUUGCCGUUUGAUGGCGUGUUUGUCGUAAAUGGCCUCAUGCCGGGGUUGAAAUGCUUCCUCGAAUCAUCUGAGGCGAUGCAUCACUGGUAUGUCGUGUCGUGGGAGCCCCGUGAGAUGGACUGGCCCACAUUCUUAGAGGAGGUUGUUGGGAGCGAGUCCCCAGCGGAUGCUGUGCCAACGAGCAUUCGGGGACAACUGAAUCGCAGAUGGAGAGAUUACGGGAUAACUGAACCACCAGAUGAGCUGCGUAACGGUCUGCACGUUAGUCAAGGUGCCAUCCAGGCGAUUAGAGAGCGUACGAAGUGUGUGAAGUACUCCGUUCAAGAAGAUUAUCUUGGUUCUUUGCUUUUGCGGAAAGGAGUGCUCGAGUGUGUGCUACAAACAUGGGUCGAAAACCCUGAGGUGUUGUCCGGAGGAAUCAAGAUGAGCAUAUUCGAACAUCUUGGCCAAUGUGACACCUCCCGUGUCAUGUUUAUGAUGACCGCGUUGUCGGAGGAGUUGAAGCGCGAGGAGGAGGAGGUUGAUCCAACUGGAGCGGCGCGACUCCCCGCUAAUGAGUGUGCUCAUGACGGAGGACGUGAUGGCACCGCUAGCACGCCAACGCAGGAGCGACAUUCCACACUAGGGGAGGAAGCCGAAGGGCCCAUGACAGUUUCUUCAAGGGCCCCGCAGCCGGCGGAGACGGGCCCCUCAUUGCUCUACAGGAAUACCGCUAUGAUCAUUUUGAAACCUCAUGCAGCAGGCAACGUGAAGGUGAUGGGUCUAUUGGAGAGGGUUCUCAAUGAAAACGGUAUACGGAUAAAGCGGGAGGUUCGCAAGAGAACGACCCCGACACUUAUCGAAAAACAGUUUUCCUCCCCCAUGCUCUACGCAACAACGUGUACCAAUGGCUAUUUGGAUGUGACACCUGGUGGAGAGGACGAUUUCUACGACGCGUUCGGUGAGGAAUGGAAAGAGGCCGCGAAGUCGCAACGUGUUGUUGGCGCCCGUGAGGCCCUCAUCCGCUUCUCGUUGACACCCUCGCAACUCUACGUUAAGUGGUCCCUCCCGCAACAGCAGCAUGUCCAUCUUGCCUACGAUAUGGAAAUAACGAAGUUCCAUGCAGAAGAUGUUUACGUUGUCAACGCCGCUAUUCCUUUUGAAUGCGAACGCAUGAUCGAGAGCGAGCCUGGCGUCAAUGACGUCCACUGUUAUAUAGUGAGCUGGGACCAGCGGGACUGCAGUUGGAAAAAGUUUCUGCACGAUGUCAUUGGUGACCCUGACCCCGAGAGAGCGGUUCCCACUUCUUUCCGCGGUGAACUCUUCUCUGAUUGGGAGGAUUAUGACCUUCCAGUAAGACCCAACCGUAUCGAUAACGUCGUGUUAGCGAGUGAAGGGCCGUUGCAAGCGUACAAGGAGCGCGAUCUGUGGUGCGGCACGGGAGAUUUUGCGCCUGACCCACUUGUUCGUGCGUUAUGUCACGUUGAUCAUGACCCCACCGACUUGUCAGAGUGGGCGGAGAACCCGCUAGUUCGUUACACAGGUAGUAAGCGACACGAGUUAAACGAUGGAUACUACACUGGUCACAUGUUUAGCUUCGUGCAUGGGCUCGACACCAAGCAGUUUAUUGACGUCCUUACUGAGAGGGAAGGGACUUUUGUCCCCCUGGCACCGGCACACAUUGGACUUGAUGAAAAGGUCAGUGGAAAUGGGCCCGAUGUGGAGUGCGAAAGACCGAAAUCGAGGGAAGAUGAUUGGGUGUGCGACCCACAGCAUUACUUUGGUAAUCCCGCCAGAAAUUCGGAUGAGGCAGCACUAAAGGGAUGGUUGUGGGAGAGUCUUCUGCACGCGUCCGCGGAAGAUGUGCCACGUCUGUGGGUUCAUUAUGGCGGCAAACUCGAGUGUAAAGAGGAGCUGCGGAAGCAGGGCUACGUCAGUUCCCUCUUGUCCCGCGUUGCCGCAUCGUCUGCAGGCAACCGCAGCUCAAUAUGCGACAUUUUGCGCAGUACCAUCGAUGGGGAAGCCUUCGAAAGAGACAUCAAGAUGUUGGAUUUCUUUGGACAGCCUCCGUCCAAGGGCAAGAUGUCAAAGAUGUUCGAAGGAAUGAGGCGACGUGGUAACGGCCGCAUGACAUACGAAGAAUUUCGCGUUGCCCUUGCGAUGAUACACCAGAUGUAG